UGUUGGAGCCACCAGGGUUUUGAACUGACUUGGAAAUAGCCUUUAAAUGCAAUCUGAACGGUCAACGGCAGUGUGACCAAGAGCUUAGUUCUGGCCAUUGAGCUUGUCUAGCCAAGCAGGGUACCAUUUGUAGUAUCAUCUAGCUGUUGCUUGUGUUUACUUUGGUGGAGCUGUUGACGGGGAUGUUAGGUCUGUCAUGCUGUUGAAAUUUACAACGAUCUUCGACACUGGCGGUUUCUCGUGAGAUUGUGCCAUGUUUAUGCGGAACUAUUGACGGUGAAUUUCGAGUAUUUCACUCCCAAAUUUGACUCGUGCAUUAGUUAGAAAUCCCGCGACGGUCUGGCACCGAGUGGUCUUUGUGACGUGAAUCUAUUAGGUACUGGGUAAAGGAGAGCAUAGGCUUGGGGUAUUGGUUUUGGUUCCUAGAGAUAUACAUCAAAAGGUUAGAAAUUAUGAGGGAAGUCAGAGAGGGGAUUUACAUCGGCGAUUUGGGUGAUGCGGCGGCAGUGAAGGCCUCGGAAGUUCCUUUAGUUUCUCAUGUUCUAUCCCUUGUGGGCUCAUCCUCCAGUCUCUUGGAUUCGAAGACGUCGGCUCAUACACAAGGGGCAGAGAAUCUGCACAAACUGGCCGUUCCUAUGCUGGAUGAGGAUUCGCAGAACCUCUUGGACAAUUUGGAGAGUUGCUUGGAGUUUAUUGAGAAAGGCAGAUCUCGUGGUGGUGUCUUGGUUCAUUGCGCGGCCGGUGUUUCACGCAGUGCAGCUGUAGUGACCGCAUACUUAAUGCAGAAGGAACACCUGUCCGCCGCUGCUGCAUUGAAGUCAUUGCGCCGAAUAAGUCCAGGUGUGCAUCCCAAUGAUGGAUUCAUGGAGCAGUUGGCAAUCUUUGAGAGCAUGGGAAACAAAAUCGAUCGAGACAGCUCUUCCUACAAGAAGUUCAAAGUUAAAUUUCUUGGUGAAUCUUUUGCAAAAGGAGAAGUGAUGGAGAGCUCAAGCUACGCUUCAGAUCCUGGCUCUGCCACUGUCAAAUUACCAGCACCUUCAAAUACCAUUGAGAGUGGGACGGAACGUUCCACUGUAUAUCGGUGCAAAAAGUGUCGGAGAGUUGUUGCUCGGGAUGAAAAUGUGAUAGGGCAUGAUGUUGGUGGUGGAGAGUCUGCGUUCAAGUGGCAAAAAAGAGGCGGUAAAGAGGGAAUGUACACUCAAGCACCAGUGUGCACAUCAAUGUUUGUUGAACCCAUGCAAUGGAUGACAGCAGUGGAAGAGGGAGUUGUGGAGGGCAAGCUCCAAUGUGUGAAGUGUGAGGCAAGGUUGGGCAACUUCAAUUGGUCUGGCAUGCAAUGUAGUUGUGGAGCUUGGGUGACUCCUGCUUUCCAGCUUCAUAAGAGUCGAAUGGACGCCGCUUAUUUUUGAACUUCAUGCGAACAGAGAAGCAUCAAAAAGAGUUUGUGAUGGGAUUCAUCAUCUUGUUGAUAGAUCUGUAUCUUUUUGCAUGUAUUGUCUAGGUAUUCUGCAAUGAAUUGUGACAAAACUUUGGCAAUUGUUUGAUAUUGCUUCUCAAUGCCAAGUCCUUGCCGUGCCGAAUUUUAGUUUUUUCUC